ACAAGUUUAUCAGUUCAAGAAAAUAUACUUGUUAGGGCAUAAAAAAAUGAACAUGGGUGUUAAUGCUGAGUUUCAGGUCCCAGUCAUCGAUUUCCGAACCGGUUCAUCGGAUAUGGAACGAGGAACCAAAGGGUGGCAUCAUUUGUGCGAGAGGGUCCGAGAGGCUUGCGAGACCUACGGUUGUUUCCAGGUGGUGUACGAAAGGGUAUCACGGAAAGUCCGAGACGAUACGUUUGUGCUGUUAAAACAACUGGUCGAGGAAGUCCCACUGGAGAGAAAACAAAAGAAUGUUAAUCCAAAGCCUAACCAUGGCUUCAUCGGACCAUGCAGUGACACAUCUUUGUACGAAGGCUAUGGAAUCGACGAGGCCUCCAACUAUGACUGUGUGGAAAGCUUUGCUCAACUUAUGUGGCCCAACGGUCACCCCCAUUUUUGUGAAACAAUACACACCAUAGUGAAGCAGAUGGAGGAGCUGAACAGCAUGAUCUGGUUGAUGAUAAUAGAUAGCUACGGAUUAGGGAAGAAAUGGGAGUCAGUGAUGAUUGACUACAAAAUGUUGCUGCGUAUGAUGAAAUACAAGUCCCCUCCACCGGGGUGGGAGUCGGGCCAAGGGCUCCAUUCUCAUUCCGAUAAACCAGUCAGCACUAUCAUUUGUGAUGAUCUCGUCUCCGGUCUCGAAAUCGAGGUCGAAGACGGUCAAUGGAUCAAGUUGUCUUCAUCUCCUUCUUCCUUUUUCUUUGUGGUCGGAGAUCCUCUCAUGGCAUGGAGCAAUGGGAGAAUGAAAGCAGUGAACCAUAGAGUGACAAUGAGCGGAGACAAAGAUCGAUUUUCUAUAGCAACGUUUGCAAUGCCAGUUGAGGGUACGAUAAUAAGUACACCGAAAGAGCUUGUAGAUGAGCAACAUCCUCAACUUUUCAAGGACUUCAACUUCAUGGAAUUCUUAAUUUUUGCCUUUUCCGAGAAAGCAAGCUUCAUCGAGUCCACAAAACAGAUCCAUGCCUUUGCUGCUCUCUCACCACCAGUUUCAGAAUAAAACCAUGCCCAUAUACAUAGCUAUUAUGGAUUUGACUUCAUGUUACAAAAUCAUGAACCGAAUCAUCGUCUCAAAAUCCAUGGUUUCGUCUCAUAUUAUUAUAUUUUCAAUUUGUGAAGAUAAGGAGUUUGACUGUUUUUCGCAUCUUAUUAUGGUGUUUUUAGCCUAUUAAUAUAAAUAAAGACUCUUGUUUAUGUAUAA